AUGGUUGCAUCAUCUGAACCACCUACUGAUAUCAAAAAUAUAAUUAAAAAGACAGUAGAGUUUUAUGUUAAACUAGGAGACUCUUUUAUAGAAAAGAUUAGAGAGAGAGAAAAGAAUAAUGAAAAGUUUAACUUUUUAAAGUUGGGUGAUCAAUACCAUCAAUACUAUAUCAAUGUAAGAGAGACUGAACUUCAAAAACAACCAGCCAAACCAGCUGCUAAACCAGCUGCUAAACCAACAGCUAGUACUUCAUCACCUACCGAAUCGAGUGAAACAACAGUACAGCCAUCUGCAACUCCUACAACAACAUCAUCAUCAACCUCUUCUUCAUCGUCGUCGUCUAUCCCAGCAGAACUACUUGCUCCACCACCCCCUCCUCCAGCACCCGUUCAAGAACCAUCACCUCCACCUGAAGUGAUCAAAGAAAUCUAUGAACCUGAACCAUUAUUAUAUAUACUAGAUACUCCCGAAGAAGUAAAUGCUGUAGAUUUAGAUACAAUUAGAUUAACUGCACAAUAUGUAGCAGUAAAUGGAGAAUCAUUUUCACAAGGAUUGGCAUUGAGAGAGAUUAGAAAUACACAGUUUGACUUUUUAAAGCCAACACAUCAUUUGCAUAGUUGGUAUCGUGCGUUGGUCGAGUCAUAUGCUGCGAUUGUAUACGCACCAAAGAAUAUAUGCGAGGUGAUGGCAAAGGUUGACUUUAGAGACAAGCAGACGAUUGUCGAGCGAUCGAUCAAUCGAUUCGAAUGGAACCAAAAGGAGCAAGUUGCUGCCAAAAAGGCAGAGGAGGAGGCCGACCAGGAGCGCACGAUGUUUGCGUCGAUUGACUGGCACGACUUUGUCGUGGUUGACACGAUCGACUUUACAAAUGAGGAUCUAGAGUUGUUGCCAUCACCCAAGACGUUUGAGGAGCUGCUCAAAAUCAGCGAGGAGAGUUUGGCCGAUGACAAUGGUGAGGGUGACGGUGAGAUGGACGUUGAUAUGGAUAUGGAGGAUGUGGACAUGGACGGCGGCGACAAGGAGCCAGAGGCACCUACCGCACGUCCCAAGCUCAAGGUUGUCAAGGACUAUACAAAGGCCAAGACGGUUGCAGCCGCCGGCUCAGAGCCCAAACGUAUCACACAGCCGUGUCCAAUGUGUGGACAGGAUAUCCCACUCGACGAGAUGCAGGAGCAUAUGCGUAUCGAGUUGCUCAACAGGCGCGACAGGCCCAAGAACCCAGUGGCGUCGGGUUCAUCCACCGUCUUGCACGACGACGAAAUCUCUAGAAAUUUGCAGUCGUUUGCCAAUAGAAGAACCGAUAUCUUUGGUGACCAAGAGGUUGCCAUUGGCAGUGCCGUCAAAGAAGAGGAAAAGGUCGAAAAGGUCAUUUGGGACGGUCAUUCAUCGUCGAUCAACCGUACACAACACCACGCACUCCAAAUUGCCAGUGAAAGAAUACAAAAACAUCAACAACAUCAACAGCAACAACACCAUCAAAUGCAACAUCUUCACCAACAACAUCAACAACAUCCAAAUCAAAUGUAUAUUCCACCUUAUGGAGUUCCUCCACCUCCUCUUCCACCAUUUAUGCAGAAUCAAACCAUCGAUGCAUCCACGAUGGAAUCAUCCUCUCAACAACCAAACAAGAAAUUAAAAACCGACGAUAACCUCAUCAAUGAAGAAGAGUUUAUUUUCGCAAACCCAGGACCUGUCAGUCUUGUCAUUGAAUCAACUGGAUCAGACGGAUCCAAUCAAAACUAUUCACUUGUUCUCCAACCCAGAGACACAAUCACUACACUCAAGGAUAGAAUCAAGGAUUUGGUUGGACUAGCACCAAACAAACAAAAAUUAAAAUCCCUCGGUCAAUCCAUUCUCAAGGAUCAACAUACACUUGGUUUCUAUAAUCUCUUGUCUGGUACAGUGAUUAAUGUUUCAGCAAAGGAAAGAGGUGUCUCGGUCAUGAAACUUCAAAAAACUUUCAAACGUAGGAUUCUGCAGAGAAUCUCUAAAGAUUCGUCUAAUUAUAAAUAUCUUGCCUAA